UUUUUAGAAACGUACAUUCGACUGACUGGCCGUAACUCAACCUUUGCUGGUCGCGUCGAAGUGUUUUCACAUGGAGUCUGGGGGCGUGUCAUAAAUAAUCCUUAUUAUUGGCGUAAAAAGGAGGCUGACAUUGUGUGCAGACAGCUCGGUUUCCCAGAAGCCAUUACCGCUGUGGGGUACUCAGCUUUUAGAGAGGGUUCAGGACCGGUUUUGAUGUCACGUGUACGGUGUCUAGGUACAGAGAAAACUUUACAACAAUGUUCAUACCAAGACUGGGUCGACAGCGAUCUUUCGCCAGGUUAUGAAGUGGGAGUGAUUUGCAAGACUUUUAAUUUACACUCUGAUAACAAUGGUAAGCAAUUUCUAAAAAGACAGGACUUAUUUAGGUUAUCUGCUCAUUGAUCAUUUCGAUCGUCUACAUUACUUACCUUUAAAAUUCAAAUUUCCUGCGCCCUGCGAAUUUCUGAAAGCUCAAAGACUGAUUGCUUUAAAUGACAACAACAACACAACAACAACAAAAACCUUGUUCAGUUUUCAAAUCCACCCUAACCCAUCUCCCAAAUUGAUUUCCUUGCAGGUGAUAUCCGGAAUAAAUUUCCAGGCGAGUCAAUCUUAUCCUGGUCGUAGAGGAGUGUUCUGAAAAAAUUUGUCAUGGGCUUGACGCGAGCUCCCUAGUGGCAAAAUCGGGGCCGGGAAAACACUCUAUUUUGUUUUAAAAAGUAAAGGAGGGAUUCUGGUCAAAAGCCUUGUUUUCCUUUUAUUUCUACGCUUUUUCAUCCAAAUUUACAAUCGGCGACAAAAUUGUUGAGACAUUGUCCUCAAAUAGGAUAACUACAGAGAAUAAAAGAAUCCACACCCCUUCCCCCUCCCCAUCGUUCAAAGUUGGGAUGUUUGUUGUUUUCUAUAAGUAGCUCGAUCAGCGGCACAACAUUGCAUGAAGGGGACGGGGGAGGAAAAACUUUACUUUUCCCCUUUUGAAGUUUUUUUUAGCAGUUUUUAUUGAAUUAAAGAAAAGUUUUACAAUGUUAUUUAAGAAUUAUCAUUAAUUAAAUAAAUUAUACAAUUCCACUAAAAUAAAUACUAACCUAAGAUAAAAAAGAAAAAGGAUAACAAUAGCAACGAAAAAAGGAAAAAAGUUACAACAACAACAACAAUAAAGAUGCCAAACUGCCAAGAAAGAAAGUGUCAUUUUUACGAACCUCUAUGCAUAACUACAAUUCAGUACUACUAUUCUCGUUUGUAAAGAUUAUACAAUUUAAAAUUUUGUAUUGAAAAAUCGCAUUCCCACUUCAGGGGUGCUAUACGUUUUCUGAAGGAAACAUAUAUCGGCAGAAGAUUUAAGCAGCCAAUUAAAAAUAGACUUCCUUCUACCAAAAGAGCGAAUUCCGCGAACAUUUAAUGACAAAAGUUUAAAGUUUAUGUUUUGUCGCCCCAUGUCCAAAGAGAUAAGCUGUAAACUUCAAAUGAGAAGCGAACGCUAAAUACCAGAUAGACGUCCACCACCAAAGCAAGGUGCCACAAGGCUCAUGCCCUAUUUACCCUACAGUAAUUUCUUUCCUUCUCAAAUCUGGCAACAUCAUUUUCUCCGAAAAAAAAAGCAAACAAACAAACAAACAAAACGCCCCCUUAAUGCGAUGAGCCGGUCGGUCUUCAGCUCUUUUCCUUUUCGUUGACGAUUAGAAAAAAAAUAAAUAAAUAAAGGAAACUUUUCCUCUAGAGCACUCGGUUUAAUAUUAAAACAGUUAGAGACUUCUAAGCUCUAACCCUUAAACAAAGUUUUUUUCGUUCAUUACCGGUGUGAUAUGGGUAUGGACAAUACACCAAAAAAAUUUUAAUCCCAUUUUCGUAGAUAAUCUGAUUCGCCUUCAAGGAUCCACCUUACCUUACGCUGGCCGAGUUGAAGUGUUUUAUACAGGAGUCUGGGGAGCAAUCAGUAGCAGCAACUGGGAUAUAACUGACGCCACGGUAGUUUGUCGUCAGCUUGGUUACUCAGCUGGAGCGGAAGUGGCUUUAAAGAACGGUGUUUAUGGUCUGGUCAGCGGUCCUGUUUGGAUUACCAAUCUCCAGUGUACUGGAAGCGAGUCAAAUGUUAUGGAAUGUGUUCAUGAUGGGCUUGGAAAUAAAACUGAAUUGCAGCGAAGGGACAGCAUUGCAAGUGUCAUUUGUAAGGACUCGUCAUUCACCAACGGUAAAAAAAACGUUUCCCUUGUAUAGUCACACAGUUCUGCAGGCGUCUCACUUUCUAAUCGUUACACUGCAUUAUAUAAUCAUUAGUUUUUAAAUAAUUUUAUAAAUUCAAAGGGAGUUAAUUAACGUUCAAUGAAUGUCACUAAAUCUGAUCCAACGAGGCUUGAAAUAUUAGCCUCAGCAUUUUACAACAGUUUUUCAGUUUGCUCAAUAGGCCACUUCUGAGUUCAAAGAACCUUCACUUUCAAAAUGAGGCCAAGUGCACAACCUUUCUUGUCAAAAUGAGUUUUAUUUGCAUGAGAAUGAAAAAUUAUUUCCAUAUUGAAAUGCUAAGCACUUAACCUCGUUUUGAUAGAGAGGCCCGGGGAAACUCGGAAAAGACUCGCCUAUUUUAAUCCAUUGCAACUGCCGGUUAUUGUACCCCUGGCGUGAACAGCCCAUGUUAACUGUCCAUGUGUUAUUAUAUGGCUCUAAUUCAAGCUUCUUCUAUCCACAAAAUAUUUCAGUAAUGCCGAUUAGGCUACGAGGGUCACACUCAUCAAAUAUGGGACGAAUAGAGGUUCAUUACGCUGGAACGUGGGGUUCAGUUUAUGCAUCAGGAUGGGACAUUAAAGACGCCACAGUAGCGUGCAGACAGCUAGAAUAUCAUUCAGCCUCGCUUUCAGGAUACGAAAUUUUUUGUUCCUCUGAUAUCCCAAUGUGGUUCACUUACUUCAGAUGUUUUGGUAAUGAAACAUCCUUGGAACAAUGUGCUCGGGAUUUCUACCAGCAUUCGCCGUCUACAUAUUGUGCAAGUGUUGUAUGUACAAACAAAAUGACUGAAGAAGGUGAGAAAAGUAUAAGAUAAUCCUGGAUGUAUCUGUAACGGGGAAAGGGGAACAACAGGGCAGGGGCACCCAACGACAAUUUUCGGAAGAAUAUCUGUUCGGAAGACUAUUUUAGAUCUAGAAUUUUCGAAAUAUUUGUUUUAAAAUUUCUUGCUUGCCUGCCUCUCCUAGGAUUUUCGAACAUCUAAAAAAUGGUAUAAUUGCCUAUUUUUAACGGAUUUUUACCCUAAAAAGGUCACCUAUAAUUUUCUGGAGCCUUUUUUCUGGCUGAAAUUUUCGAAAAGGUAAGUUUUCUAGGGAUAUUAAAAGCCUAGUGAUCUGAAAGUCGAUCCUUUAGGCUUGUCUACUUUUUAAAAAUCCCCUAUUUUUAUACGGAUAUAGUACCGUUUAAAUACUAAAAUACGUUUAACAAUGCUAUGUUUAGUGGUUUUGAACUAUAUUCUCGUUGGGUGCCCCUGACAGAGGGCAGAAAAUAAAACUGAAUGGGACAAAAGCUAGGUCAAGUUCAACCUUAGCCCUGUUAUCCAUUUUCUGUUUUCUUCAGCAUUUUUAUUUUGGGUCGUUCCUCUAUUUUCGCGAUUUCAAAAAUAAAAAAAUUCUCUUUUCACAAGCGUAUAAAAAAGUAUUUUAAAGGUGUACUACUAUGUAGUUACAAUAUAAUGUAGAUCACAGAUAAUUAAAUAAGACUGAGCGGAAUUUUAUCCUUAAAAUGGCUUGAACUCCAUCUUUCACUUCUAGGACCCGAGUUAAGACUAGGUGGUUCUCUAGUUCCUCACGCUGGUAGAGUUGAACUUCGUUUCAAAGGUAUCUGGGGAACGAUUUCCCAACGCAACAGGUACUUCUGGCAUCAUGCACACCUUUUUGGUCCUAGACCAACUCGAGUAAUUUGUAGACAGCUUGGAUUUGCUGAGGCUGUUAUCUCCACUGGUUCGUCCGUGUAUGGACCCGGAGAUGGCCCCGAGUGGUUAGACACUAAUUAUCUAUCGGGAUGUAUUGGACGCGAGAGGAGUAUACUAAACUGCUCGUACAGCUCACCACGUUUUAUAGUGCGUUAUAAUCAUCAACAGGACGCAAGUGUUGUCUGCAAGCCAAACACCUCGCAUACCAGUGGUAAGUAGAAAAAGCAUAUGUAUCGGUCAACCUCAAAUGCGCCCAUCCCAUACCCCAGGGAGGAAAGGAGUGGGAUAAAGUUAGUCUUUUUUUUUCUUUGGAUGGCAAAUUUCCGGGAGCGGGGCCACUUAUUGCCAAAUGGCCCGCGGUAUAAUCUGUAACAGCACUAACCGAUGAUAAUAGAGACAAUAGGCAAACAACACCAAAACUUGAUUUUUAUAUUAUUAUCUUUACUUAUCUUCUUUUAAAUACUUCGUUUAACUUUAAACGGAAAUGUCAAAGUAAAGUCAUUUGUUCUGAAUAUUCAAAAAUAUGCGAAGAUAAACAAGUAAUCUUUUGAACAUUCAGUUUAGUAACAGAUUGUAGCAUUUUAUUAUUAGAAUCAAACUAAAUUCUAUUCAAACCCUUGAGCAAAACAAGUUUAAUCCAAUGACCAAAACAUACAUCGAUUACACGUUUCGGCUAGCCUGCGUCGCGGCCGUAACUCGAAUUAAAAUCCUGGUUAGUACCACUUAACCAGAAGUUUCGUUCCGUCUGUGGUACAGGCUUGUUUAGUCCUGAUAAGGGACAAAAAAAAAUGUGCAAAAUAUGUAAUGUGUAAGACCUGUAAAUUUCUUUCCAGUCCAAAACCAUGUGCGUGCAAAUUGCUCGGGGUGGCCCAAGGGUUAGCAAAAGCCCGACCCCCGCGGGCUUUUAUGUAAGUUGAGGUUAAUUUGAGACUUCUAAAAUUUGAAGGGCUACAUGGAUUGUGUAGUUUCAGAAAAUAUCCAUAACCCCCUUCGACGGUUGCUUUUGCUUUGUCUUUUCAAGCCCCGCCCCCCAUCCCCCCCGCAAUUUCUGUAAAAUUCCCAUUUGGUUAGGCAAUAGUUACCUCAAAAAUGCUGUUCCGCUAUAUUAUUAUGCGAAGAAUAAUUGUUUCUACGAUAAAGAGAAUAAAAAUCCUAAAUUCAUGUUAAUACAGUGUCUAAUCAUCUCAAGUUUGCCUUGUAAAGGUGUUUCUUAGCUAAUAAUUAACGGUAAGUCACUGAGGAACAAGGCGAUACCUUACACGACACAAACCAGACGUAGCUAAUCGAUGGCAUCAAUGACAUCAACGAAUGAAAUCAAUAGGGUAAUCGAUGGGUAAUCAAUUGAUUAGUCAUUGAUUAUAUCCGAUAUUCAAUGAGUAAUCCAUGAAUAAUAAAUAGGCCACAAAAUUUUCAGUCAUCUAUUACUCAUUGAUUAGUUAUCGAUAUAAUCUCGCGGGUACACAAACCAGAGACUUCUUAGACAUAAAUGUCACGAUACAUAAGCUUUAUUUAUUCAUGAUCAUUUACCCGGUAGGCACUCUGCGGUGGCUGCGUUCGGCUCAGCAAAGACACAAACUCUAAUAGGCAAGAGAGUAAGACAGAUAAUUCGACCUUCUGACCAUUUUGUUAUUGACAUUUCGGUUACUGUCCACUAAAUAAAUUUGAUUGGCCGUUCUGUUUUUGUCAUGCCUAUUUUGGUUUUCUACCCGCAAGUUCAAUUCAGAUUUGUCUAUUCUUAUCGCCUGAGGUGAACAAUUGUUAAAAAUUGAUAUUAAUCGAAGUCACAACUUUUUUCUUUAUCGGUUUCGAUCGAUUGAUUUCGGAAAUCGAUAUUCAUCGAUGGUUGAUAUCGAUUCAAGAAACGAUUGUUAUCGCUUAUCGGUUUAUCGAUUAACUACGCCUGGAGAGUUUCUUCAAAACAUUCGCUUAUUUCUCGGUAAAGUUGCAUAUAUGAACACAACAGAUUUUUUUUUUUUGCUAACAAACACUCCUAAAAAAGUACAUGCCAUCUAAACAGCAAUAUUUUUUACGUGUUCUUGCGUUUGUUUUGUCUAGUUUUAGUCAGUUAUUCAGCUAUUUCGUCUUCGGGUAGCCAUAAAGUACAUGACGUUUCCCGAAAUUAGUGUUCACUCAUGCAUUAAAACAGCUGCCGCGCCGCUGCCUGGAAACGAGGUUGGUUUGCAUAUUGGGGAAGCACACAAAAUAAUCGAUUUCCUGCAUCUUCCUACCCUGCUAGCAGAGUCGCUUUGAUCUUUCCUAGAUGAGUCGGGUAAGAGGAAGCGACUCAGGUUCCUUCCUCUUCCCGACUUAUCUAGGAAGAUCGAAGGAGACUCUGUUCGCAGGGUAACAUCUUCCAUAUAAUUAUAGUAAGCGCCGGCUGGUUAUAAAGAAUUAGCAGCAGGAUUUUAGCCAAAAAAAGGAGAAAUCAGAGUUCUGAAUAAAUAAGAAGUAGCCUGUGUGUUUAUGAGGGUCUUUUAGGACGGGUGAUAUUAGCGUAAAAAUUUAGAACCAACGCUUUGAUUGAUGGUUACCUUUAAUCAUUGAGAGUACAGACACACGGCUGACGUCGCAUUAAAUUUGCUUAAUUCUUUAUUUUGCCCAAAAUGCACACAGUGUGGAAAUGCAAGUGAUUAAGGUCUCGAAGUACCUAUAACGCGCAGAAUACUUGGACAACGCCAUUUUUUAACAGGCGGUAGUAAAGCAGCAAAUUAGAAUACCUUUGUGCUUUGAAAGGUCAAUUUGCUAAGGACCAAAAUACAGACCCGAUAGGGUUGAUCAAAACCCUCUGAUGUGCACGUUUCAGUUUCACAUAUUUCUUUGCAGACUUUGAAGUUCGCUUGAAUGGAUCCAGCCUCUCUAUUGCGGGCACAAUAAAUGUGUUGUAUUAUGGAGUCUGGGGUGGCAUUCUAGGCCAUAAUGUUGACAUUCGUGUAGGUCACGUGGUUUGCCGCCAAUUAGGGUAUUCUAGAGCUGAACGGAUUUUUAGCUACGCAUUGUUUGGGGGUGUGAUUGGCCCAUUGUGGAUUUGGAGAAUGCAGUGUAAUGGCAACGAAACAGAAAUAUCUCAGUGCGAAGUAGAAACUUGGGACAAAAUCUGGAAUACCUCAUCGUAUCACUGGUAUGAUAGUAUUUUUCAACAACCAAGAUAUGCAGCCAGUUUGCUGUGUAAUAAAGCAAAUUCCAGCUUUUCAAAAGGUAGGUACAAUUUACAGCGGUCUUGCCCAAGCGACUACAUGAGGCACAAACUCCAUUCAGAAGUUAAGAGCGGAUGUCAGUAAAUAUCGACCAGAGGUCUAGAAAAGUGAAAAAUCGAAAAUUCUCAAAAAAAUUCACAAAGUAGCACUAGGUAAGCUAUUAACAUAAAUGUAAUUUUUUUAAAAUCGUUUUAAAAUUCAAAUCCAUUGUAAUGAGGACAACAAAUAACUUAUUCAGAAGAGUACAUAAUUGCACACAUUUUAAGUGGUGAUUUACUCAGUUUGAACGAAAGUGUAAUAUUUUGGAGAUUUUUCAUUAUUUGCAAUAUUUUGAACGUUUUCGUUCAAUGAAAAAAUGGCAAAUUUCAAAGCCCAAAAUCGUCGACUGGUACCUCGAUUUCAGUAACGAGUCUUGUACCACGUUAAAGAGCGUUAUCUCUUCUUUUAAAAUCUGUUUUCAAAACUAUGGGCAACUUAAAAGAAAAUUUUUGAGGCCAAAAACUAAAAGUAGUGCUUUUCUGAAAUUUGAGCUUUCCAGACUCGGCGGGCCGAUGCUUAAAACUCGGAAAAAUGCAAUAAGAAAUCAGUUUGAGCAACAGUGGUUUAAAGGGACUGGUUCACGAUAAUGCCCAUGCGCGCCGUUUGUCUGUUCAGAAUAAAUUUGUCGGGUCAACACUAAAUUCGAAAUCGCCAUUACCGGUACAAUCAUUGAAAAUCCUUCGUUUUAUUCGGACAUCCGUCGCUUUGGCUGGUCUAGUUAUACUUCGGUAGUGGUGAUUAACGUGUGGUUGUGUCGUUUGACUGGUUACGUUUUAAGAAGACGCAAAAAAUAAUGUUUUGAUCAUGGAGGUUCAGAAGAGCAUCGUGGCCGUCCGGCAACAGGACGUUCUCAAGAGUCUCUGGAGAUAGAGAAGCUUAGCCUAUCGAUCUGGUAUGGUUCUAGGAGUAGUGUGUGGCUUACGAAAAUAAUACACGACACUUGGAAAGUGGUUAAAGGCAUGAGUUCGUUCAACUUUGAUUUGAUUUUUGACUCCGACCUGUAGUUAUACCGCAACAGGCCGCGCGAUCUUCACCGAUCUGGUACACUUGAAGUGUUCCUUGUAUCUUUGCUUUACGAUCGUAUAUGUUUAAGAUUGAUGUUUUUAAAAUAAAUUAUUGCCUGAAUAUUCUGUUUAUAAUCUAUUUUCUUUAUGUGUGCUACUCGAUAACAUUUGUUUUGUGGAACACUGACCCGAUGCAACGCGAAUGAAUUUGUUCAUUUGCUGAUAAGCAAUUGAAGUUUAUGCUCAAUUAAGGAUAAUCUUUAUACUCAUACGUUGUGUGUUUUUGUCACCGGUCAGGCGCUAUUUACAGGUAUUUCUGGGUUUAUAUAAGGCGAACUGAGAGAACAGCAAUAAGAUGUUUGUUUACAAAUUUUGUUUGCCGAUCGGUGACUGUUUUGUUAGCGUGGGUACGACCUCGUAAAAUUACACGUUGGUUUGUUUCAAAGCAGGACAGGGCUGUAAAUCUUAUUCUUAUCGGCUGCAACAUAUAUCUGAGGAGUAGCAAAGAAUAAACUUGAAUUAUGGGGAUAAAUAAAAUCAAACCAAAUGCCCGGAAAUACUCUCGCGUCGCGAACAAUUAAUUUGAAUUUUGUAGAUUUACUUGCGUGCAUCUAACUCGCUUCCGAUUGGUUGAAAAACAAUCAGCUACUGUCAGAACUCACACAUGCGCAUUAUCGUGAACCAGUCCCUUUAACGUUAUCAUCUUUCAGAAACCAAGACGUGUUUAUACAGCGAUCUUAUGUAAAUUAAUGCCGUUUGCUAUCAAGAAAGGCAGAUUUAAGCUGUCAACUCCUGCCAAGUGCACCAGUCACGUGAAGUUGUCAAAGUGAGUGCAAAGCACUAAUAUUAAAAAGUCUUAAAAUUCAAAACGUUUUACGUCCAUGAAAUCAGAUUUUAGCGUACAAAACAAUGUUGUGAAUGUCUGUUGUUCGUACCUUAGCAUGCUGUUUCCGUAUAUUGGAAAUGUCAAGUAUCCACACGGGAGAACAUACCAAACAAUAACGUUUUAAAUCCAAGCGCCGAAAGAUCGUAAACGGCAAAGAUUGCGUUAGAUUUCACAGAACGACCGCUUACCACUGUUGUCACUCCUUUUUCCGCUGGAAGCUACGAGGAGUUUUCAUUCCGUUAUGAGUGAUUCUUGAUCAGCGCUUCCUUGAAAGUACGACCCCGGACAGAUGAUAACUGAGGAAGUUUCGUCGAGACUCCUGUUGUUCAGUUUCAGGCUUUAGCAGGUACGUAGUCAGGAUUUUUCCGGAGGUACGCCCAACUUUUUUUGGAUCGUCAACCUACCCUCCCCCACCCCCCACCCCAAAUCUCAAAAUUUUUUUAAGGUGCCUUUAUUAAAGGUGGGGUUAACGGUUGUAAGUAAAAGCAUUUUUGCUGUUUAUGAAAUGACACAACCUCUAAAAUUCUUUAAUUCUGUCGGCUUUUUAUGUUCAUUGACGUCAACCGUUUAUCAUUAAUUCAGCUAUUAAAAAUCAAGCUUGUAGUACCUCCGACUUAAGUUUACAAAUGACUCUUUUAACCCCUUUUUGUCACAUCAUUUUUGACCGACAAAAGCACCACACAUUGAGGUAAUUGUGCCCUACUUCGUCUACUCCGAAGACAGGUCGUGGAGAAAACAACGCGUUCACGCUUUACAUCAUCAAGCUUGCCAUAUAAAUAAAUCAUCCAAGAUUCGGUUCUCCAAUUAAUGUCGUCGCUUCUCUGAAAACAGAUUUUUUUGGUUAUGUUUAUUUCAUUCUAUUUUUUCUCCUCAACGUUUUCGGGUACGCACGUGCGAACCGUGCGUACAAGUAGCUACGCCCCUGUUUAGUCUCCUUAGCCCUGAGCGUUCCUCUCUUCCGGUUUUCGCAGAAGUUUAGGAUGUGGUCCACCCCGUAUUCCACGUCUCUGUUAAAUGACAGGCAGCACUUCUUGUUUACCAUUUCGUUAUCAGACAGCGCUUAGACUCUUAGCCUUUCAUUUAAUUUUGAUCAAAUUUUUAUCAUUUUGUUACUCAGUAUACGUUCGGUCCUGUCCUUGUAAACUUAUACUUUUAUACUUUAAGGGAGCUUAAUACCUUUUAUUUUUUUUUUAUUCGUUUAGUGUCGUCCAACAGACCCAGUUUUUUGGCAUUUUUUAAAAAAGCAAGAAAAAGAAACGACAAGCUUUAUUUUUUUUUUGGACUUAAAUUAAUUCUUUUAAUCUAAAAAUGAGCAUUAUAACAGCAUUUCCAGGCAUAAAACGUUCAGUGGUGUAUCCUUUUUGCUUUUUACCCUUUUUGGCCCUUCUUUUUAUGAAAUUGACCAUCACAUUUUCCGCCAUAUUGAGUUUGUGUCGAUUUGGUAACCAUGUCUUGUUGUUUUCAGGCUCCACGGCAAUGAUGCUGGUGUUUCAGGCCUCCUGUUCUCAGAUUUCUUGUGAUUUUUUUUCACCCCACCGACCGACCCAAACCCGGGAAACCUAUUCGACGCUAAACGAACGAAAAGGGGCCUUGACUUAAGCCUUAUGGUUUCCUUUUGGGCUUCCUCCCCACAUUGCUUCUGCGUAUUUCUGUAUACUUGUCUUUUGCUUUGUUUUGUUCUUUUUUGUCGGUAAAAUAAACUGAAACUGUACAAAGACCCUCAAUAUUCCCUUUGGAGGUUCUCGAACACGUAUAAAAAAAAAUGAAAAACGCCAUGAUUUAUUGACGGCAAGGGCAAAGGGCUGGGGUUAGGGCUCGUUACUGCACUCCGGUUCACUCGUGCGCUGUCAAAUGGUCCCGAUAUACAAAAUGAAAAAUGACUGCGGACAGACUAUUCACGUCUAGACAUCAAGCAUCUGUUAAGAUGGGACUUAUCGCCUCUCCCUGUUCAUGGAGUUGAUUCAAGGUGUUGACGUCAAUUCCGUGAUGCCCUGCAUGUUGCCGGGACAUGUUUCAAAGGGGCCUUUCCACAGCUAAGGAGUCCGCCGUCACCUUGUCAACCGUGCGAGAAAUGAUGUACUUCACAAAAACAAAGAGAAGUUAUUUUCGAUUUGCCCCGCCCCCUACCCCCGAAAGUCCCCGACUGGACCGCUUCAAAGUACUCCCUACCCCCGGGCCCAAAUGGCUGGACUUGUUCCUGUGGUUGGGCGAGGGAUAGUAACAGGUCUAACUAAUUGUACCGUGCAUCAAUGACAGUUUAGCUCAAUCAGAAGCCGGAAAAGGGACCGAUCCAGUUCCACACACGUGGAGGAAAUUCGACAAAAAAAGCCAAGAAUGACUUUAAAAACUAGAACUCCUUUAAGUGUUGCUGAGGAGCAGGUUAUGGGCUUUUUUCCUACCCCUAAUCCUACAUCACGGGAAAUUGAGAAAACCCUCAGGUUAGGCAAGAAUUCGAUAAUCCUUCCAUAAUCAUCCAUUUUUUCACCGCGUGAAUUGGGUAUUUUUUUUAGCUUAUUUCGAGGAAAUACUUUUUGCUUCAAAUCCAGGGUGGGCUUUCAAACACAUUUUUUAAGCCAAAUGGUUUUUGCGUGAAUCUUUACGAACUUUUCGUAUAAAAAACGACAAAUACCCGAAAAAAAUCUCGUGUUGUUUGUGGUGGUGGCAUAUUUCCGAUAAAUUCAGUUCAACGUCUCGCCAUACAUUUGAUGUAUUUCGUAACGCCCGUCUCGAGGCAAGCGUUCCGUCGAAAUGCGAGCCCAAAAACAGGAGGUAAGCGGUCAAUCUGUGAAAAGUAACGCAAUCUCCGUCGUUCCUUUGAGAGCAGCCGAAGAUGCUCUUGCCGAUGCUGUCCUUGAUGUUUUUUAUUUCCAAUAGCUAGGAAACCCAUGUUAAGGUAUGAAUUACACUCGUAGACAUCAUCUGUCCGCUAAAGUCUAAUUCCUGGACGCAGAAACGCUGUGUUUUUUGAAGUUUAUUAUUGUGCUUUGCCCUUUGACAACCUUGCGUGACUCGUGCGUUUGGUAGCAGAUGAUGGCUAAACCCUGCUUUUCUUGUUGGAAAACGGCUUUAAAUUUUAUCAGAUCGCUCGAUGAACACGUGUUGGUUUCUGAUAGCUGAUAACGUUAAACCACUGUUGCUCAAACUGAUUUCUUAUUGCAUUUUUCUGAGUUUUUAGCAUCGGCCCGCUGAGUCUGGAAAGCUCAAGUUUCAGAAAAGUACUACUUGUAUCUUUUGGCCUCAAAAAUUUUCUUUUAAGUUGCCCAUAGCUUUGAAAACAGAUUUUAAAAGAAGAGAUAACGCUCUUUAAUGUGGUAUAAGACUCGUUACUGAAAUCGAGGUACCAGUCGACGAUUUUGGGCUUUGAAAUUUGCCAUUUUUUCAUUGAACGAAAACGUUCAAAAUAUUGCAAAUAAUGAAAAAUCUCCAAAAUAUUACACUUUCGUUUAAACUGAGUAAAUCACCACUUAAAAUGUGUGCAAUUAUGUACUCUUCUGAAUAAGUUAUUUGUUGUCCGCAUUACAAUGGAUUUGAAUUUUAAAACGAUUUUUUUGUGACACAUGCUCUCGGGCCUGGAAAACCCGGUCCGAGAGCCGCGAAACCAAUAACCCCCCCGUACGUGGAAAAUAAUUAUCGGAUCCAAGUAAAAAUUACAUUUCUGUUAAUAGCUUACCUAGUGCUACUUUGUGAAUUUUUUUGAGAAUUUUCGAUUUUUCACUUUUGUAGACCUCUGGUCGAUAUUUACUGACAUCCGCUCUUAAUUGGCCAUUUUUUUUACCUCAUUUUUUUUUUGUUGUUUUGGACUAUUGUUUGCGGCCGUCCGAUGUGUUUAUUUAUUUCCUGCUGGCCAUGUGUUUUUAUUCCCAGUAUACGAAAGCUGAUGUGUUUAUACUGUUUGCGGUGAUCGUUAAUUUUGUGUUUAUUGUUUAUUUUUUUCCUGCUAGCCCGAUGGGCUUUACUUGUUUGCGUUCUGGGUUGUCUUUCUUUGCCAGCAUUAAGUUAUGUUUUUUCUCUCGAACUGGCCUUUUUUGCUGCUUUUAAUGUGGCGUUGGUACUCUGUCCUACUUCAUACAUUUGCUUUACUUUAAAAGUUUUAGUCCUAGUUGUUUUACAGUUUCUUUCAUCUAAUUCUGUGCCUUUCAAAGUGUAGUUUUGAGGUCUCAGGUUUGGCGGUUGUUUUGAGGUUGGGUGUCCGCGGGUGUCUCUCUCCCUUUGGUAUUUCAGUGUCUCGGAAACUAUGGUUCAUCCUUUUGGCCACCAGAUUUUCCUAUUCCUUAUAAUAGGAGAUCUGUGGGCAGGACUGCUGUAAAUAGUAUACUUUGUAAAUUGUUGAGAAAACAACCUUCUUUUCCGUGCUGUUGUAAUAGGGGAUAGAAAAUAAUUCCUUGCCUCCUCCCCACGAAAAAAAUACAAUUUUACCUGUCUCUGAGCAUUUUCCGAAAAAAUGUUAACUCUAUAAAAAAACUGGGCUUUGCUUCCUGCGACCGAAGGGGGCUUCGGAGGCCCACCUCUACAACCUGCUUCAAAACUACAAUGUACUCACGAUAACGCCACCGCAAUUGAAAUUAAAUGAAAUUUUAGAGGUAAAUGAAGCAGCUUCGACAACAAACACCAAGAAAGAGACAAAAUUGGCUUGUCGGUGCUUACUAGUAGGUAGAAAAAAAAUUUUCUCACUGAAUUUGCAACAAAAACAUAAAAAAUUAUCCCCGAAAAACUUUCAAUUGAAACGUAAACAAACUCUAACAAAGUGAUGUCUUUUAUUUACAAAAAGUUCCUUUUUGAUUUUUAUCCAACUAAUUUGAUAAAUACUAAAACAACGAUCCCCCUCAGGGUCGGUUCAUAGCGCUAUAUAUAUAUCCACCACUAUUCACCUCCCCUUCGGGGGAUAGUUGUAUUUAACAAAUAGAUUCCAUGUUGCCGUGCGUCUGUUCAGUUACAGAUCACAGAUGACGUCAAAAUGUGUUUAAAAAAAACAAACAAGUGGCACACGAGCCGCAGGCGAGUGUGUCACUGAUGUUUUUACCGCAUUUUGACGUCUUCUGUGAUCUAUUACUGAACAGACCCACGGCAACAUGGAAUCUUUUUGUUUUAUACAAUGAUUGAGGACUUGUGCUAGUUUUAACCUGAGAUCAGGCCAUAUUUUAGCGGUUCUCAUACAUUCUCUCUAACGGCUACCGCUAAAAUUGGGCCUGAUACAAACACUCUCACGUUUGUGCUCGUUACGGUCAGGUUUUGGCCGUAACCCUGAUUGGCUGUUAGAACAAUGCCACAAGAUCUGAUUGGCUAUCGGAAACGCCGGAAGUUGAAAGUGUUUAUUCCUUGCGUGGUUUUUUUUUUCGUGAAUGAUCCGCCGUCGGCGGAGAGAAAGGUCUAUUUUGCUGUCUUUAUUAUUGUUUUAUGGUCUUAUGGUAGGAAAAUAUGCCUUAAUAUUUACCAUGGAAAUUCAGAAAAUUCAUAUGGUUGUUCAUUUCUUCUUUGGAUUUGCUUUAUUUACGGAACUAAUGUGAUUGUAUCGCGGAGUUGAAUCCCUCUGCAAGUUGUUGACCGCUAAAAAGGUGCUUUUCGAUUUACCAACCAACUGGAGUGCAGAUCAAAAUGCUGUCCACCUUAAAAGUGGUUUCAUUUGAAAGUUUAGCCAGGAACGGGGUAGGCAAGCGGAGGCUCAGUACAAAAGAAACUUCAAUCGCCAACUGUGAAGUAUUAGACGAAAAACAUCGUAUCGCUGUUCCAGUAAUUUUUGUAGGCAUUAUCAUAAAAGCUGGUGGCGCUAGUGUUAAGGUAACAGACUUCUUGUUUGCCUUCGAGUUUUGUAAAAACCAACCAGGAAAACUUUUGUCCUCGCUCGUUUGGCUGUUUGCUGUUUGUUAAUUGCGAUUAAUAAAUUUAGCGAGCCAAGUUUUUCGGACCUGCAGUAAAACAACAACACAACUAAGAAGAACUACAAAGUGUGUUUGUAAUAUUGUUUUUCGUUUUGUUUAUAGGUCAGUUGAGCAUGCAGUUUUAGAAGUGUCCGUUCGUUUUCCCAAAGUGGCAGAUAUUUAUAAAAAAAUUAUUGUUUUAGACGUUUGUUUUUCUAGUAAAUUCGCAAAUUGCAAGUGUACGCACGGGACCAAGGCCAAGACCAAGUCCCUUGGCACGGGACUAAAUCAGCAAGAUUAAAUGCACUUGAGAACUCGUUUGGUUUGUUCUAAUAUAAUUUAUAUACCCUGUGAAAGAGUUUGCGAUAUUUUUCUCCACGAUUUUUAAAUAUUUAUGCACUGAAAAUCGGGGGAAAUUGCCGAGGAAAAUAUUAAGGCAACAGACAAAUAGAUAUUUCAGUAUUUUUAAUUCGAGCGCGCCCAGCCAAAAUUUAAAACUAAAACAUCGUGUUGCCGUCUUUUCGAAAACUUUUUACCUUCUACGCCAACAGAAAUAACCUCCAAGAUCUCCUUUAAUCUCGCAAGAAGUUAAAUGUGAUUGUGCUGAUUUUUUUUUUAGUUGAAAAAAAUAAAAGAUAAAAGCUAUUUUUCAACACAGCGAGUCUGCAUUUUUCCCACGCAUGAAAAAUUUGCAUACUAAAAAAACAAGCAACGGAAGUAGUUUUGGCUGGCUGAUUCGGCAAAUGUCAAUCAAUCAAAAAAGUGGGCGGAAGACGUUUCGUAGAAGGUUUGUAUCAGGCUAUGCUAGUUUAGGCAGUAUUAAUGUCCCAAAUGCCAUGUUUCUGCUUCUUCUCUUUUUCUUUAUCUUACUUGUAUACAGUUUCUUUGCAAAAAUGUUCAACGUCUUUUCUUGCUCAAAGCAGAAUAAUGACUAAAAUAUUUUUGCAGAACAGCGAGUCUCGUAGCGAUAACACACAAUGGCAACUGUUGCGAAGAUUUCUUGUAGUUUUGGCAUUCUCAAGUUGUCAAGGGCUCUUUCUGUCUCUGCUUUUCCAUUUUUCGUCUUUGUAAAUAGCUCCGGUGCUAAGUUUUUUUUAAGCUUUCACUUGCUUUUAUCCGAAAUAAUCUCACAAACAUUUUCAAAACCACGCACCAUGUUGAGCAAAACAGUCAAAAAGAGUUUUCCGGGACGUCAUUCAUGUAUCUGUCCUCCGAUAGAUCAUGCGCAACGACCAAUCACUGCGCGCGUAUUAUCAUUGUAUGAAAUAGUAAGGUGUCUGAUAAAAUCAAGAAGUUGGCUAACACAUAAAUAGUCUUUAGUAACGAUAGCAGUGUUGUCAUGAUGACGUCAUCUAUUAUUAAAGAAGAAUCUGCAACCAUCCGCCAUCUUGGAUCCGCCAUUUUGAAUUAAUUAUAGUGAUUUACUAAAAAAUAAAUCGAGGUAAUUGUGAUAGAGAAUCUGAUCCAUGUAUAAAACGAUUCUUAGGAAAUAAAAACUCUACAAGUUAUAAAAUGCAGAGAGAACCACCACUGUUGAAAAUUCAACCAAAAAUCUGCCAUUUAAUUUGGUCAUGUAAUUUCUCAAAUUUGUCACUAAAAAAAAGAUUUUAUUAAGAAGUAAAAUAGAUGUCAUUGAUAAAAUAAUGCAAAAUUAAGUGUAACAUAAUAAUAUAAUAAGUAAAAGGCGACGAAUGCCGUAUUACAAAAGACCAUAACAGAUUGGUGUAUUCAAACCGACCAGCGAGUAAAUAUUUUCAGGCUACAGGAAGGAAGUGGGAAAAGGGAAGGAGUUAGAGACUGGCCAGGAGUGUCUUUGACCACGAACCAUAAUUCGUAAGUGAUGACUAACUACCCUCAAUUUGAAAAAGGAAUAACAAAUCAGUUGAGAUGUUUCAACGUUUUUUUUUUUCGAUUCUUAAUUCCUUUCUUCCGAAAGAAAUCCUAAUUUUGCUGACGAAACUUUUGCGAUGGAAGCAAAACUCCGAAUUUAAAUAAACGUUCUCUCCAACGAAAGAACUCACAUAUUUCUUGCUUUUAAAAGUUUUAAAUGUGAGGUUGGCUGGUGCACCGAUAUCCAAUGCUGGGCGAGUAGAAGUAUUGUAUGCUGGUGUGUGGGGAACGAUAAGCGGUGGCUGGAAUUGGGAUGCUGCUCACGUGGUGUGUCGCCAGCUGGGGUACCCUGGAGCUCUAUCAUUUGGAAGCAGCAAUCAGUUUGGGAUCGGAAAUGGUCCGUCGUGGUUUCAAAACGUGAGAUGUCUGGGGAAUGAAUCCAGUUUUGAAGAAUGUUCAAAAGAUACCCUGGGGUAUCCGAAUGGCGACUACUCGUCAGUGGCAACGGUCCUGUGUAAAUCCAAACCCCAGCCAGGUGAGAUUAGUAUAGAAGUGAACAAUAUUUUUUUAUGUUUGAUGACACUGAUUGAAAGUUAUCCUCAGAUGAGCAUUUUCAAAAAGCCGUGGCAGGUAGUAAAGGGUACACUGAUUGCCCUACAGUCAGAAGAUUUAGUCGAAUUCAGUACAAAAUCCCUUUCCCUUACCUCAUUCUCUAACCUGGAUUAUUCUAUAAUCCUUCAGAGCUGUCAAUUACCGGUUAAAAAGGGUUCAAUAAACGGUUUUACAUGUGAUAAAGUUGCCAACCAAUUUUGUGAGACUAUAUAAAAGAGCUAUUUUGACGGUUCGCGAGAACAGAUUCUCGGUUACUGCUAAAGUCCAGAAGUCAGUCCGGAUGGUCUAACCAUUUUGUGCGAAGAACCUCAUGCUAUUCCUGUUAUUACGAUCAAAUUGGCCGACUUUGUUUCUAGAUCAUUUUGCUGGCGUAGAAUUGCUAGCCGUGAUUUAACUUAGUUUGCAGGGUGUUUAGCCUGUUUGAAAACGUCCCUGUGAGACGUCAAUCACGGGCUGACACACGAAAUUUUUCCAAAGGUCAAAACAGCGUCGACUUCACUCUAUUCGCCAGGGCGGAUAAAGGUUGGGCGGUGAAACGAGCGCUCCGCUCUUCAUUUUAUGUGUGAUACGGAGUAGGACUAGCACGAGCGCUCUUUCCGCGCUUCCGGUGCGCUUGAAGGCCGGCAAAAUUUUCCUUUUUGCAAACCGGAAAUCCUAUUUUCUUUCUGUAAUUUCAGGCUACAAUGUUAAAUAGAUAAAUUUGUUUCAUAACAAUAUCAAUAAAAAGUUUCAUAUGUUUGUGUCUGUACGUCUAUAAGUGCCAAAAAUUGGAGUUUAAUUUGAAAGUGUUGAAUACCUCCUCCUUCCACUAAAUAUCACCUAAUCGUCCUUAUCGCCGUUUCGUUUGCAAAAGCUUUAUCACUUCUUAACCUGAAUUUUUACAUAUGUUAAAGGGGAAUAAAUUUUAUACAACAUAACAAAACAUUAGAUUGAUAUGUAUUGAUAUAGUGGCGUUGUACUUCUUCAAACUUUGCUUCUCGAGUGCAACGCGCCAUGGCGAUUCGCGCAAUGCGUUGCAAAUCCGGCAACCGCAUAUAAACAAAAUUUAUUGAGGUUAGUUGUAAGGUUUUUCUCCGUUUUUCUCUCUAAAAUAAACCAAGGUAAACAGUAAAAACUGAGGGGAAACUAAUUUUGAAGUUUUUAAGAAACAGAAAGACGUAUAAGAUGUUUUUUUCAAAAUUAAAAAGAAGGAUGAUGGUGAUUGAAAUUAGCAUAAUUUCACCUUGCACGAGCUGCACGCAUUUAUAAAACACACGUCAUCUAGUUAUGAAACACGAUCUGCUGUCUUUUAGUUUUGCCAUGGAUGACAUGGAUGAGAUUUUCCUUCGUGUUUUAGACAGUACUUAGUUGUUUUUGUUUUGGAAUAACACCGACAUUGGCGAGUAGCAACAAAUUUGCAAAACAUUAGCUACCAUUGUCUUCAAUUUUCCUGGAACGACUGUAACCCCAGAUCAGAGAAAUGAAAAACUUAGGUUAUGCAAUAUUUUGGGGGGUAGACAAGGUGUAUGAUGAGAAUGAUGUGAAUGCCCAAAAAUCACAACUGCUCAACUGAUCGUUGUGUUAUGGCCAACCUCGUCCCCAGGGCGCUUUUCCCUGAAAAUUUUCUGACUGUGGGUAUUUAGUUUGUUUAAGACCCUUCCCGGCUGCCAGGCAUAUAACCAAAGCGUUUUCUAAAUUUACUGAAAAAUACAAUUGACUCUAAAUGAUAUGUCCGUCUUUUUGAAAGGCCAACGUCUGAAAUUAUCCGCCAUACAUGCUUCCGUUUCCAUCAGCCUUCGCACGCCAUGCUUUACAACCUGCAAAGUGGUCAGACAGUUUGUUCUUAUAGUCAAUAGGCCGCUUCUGAGUUCCAAAAACCCUCACUUUCAAAAUGAGGCUAGGUGCACAACCUUUCUUGUGAAAAUGAGUUUUAUUUGCAUGUGAAUAAAAAAUGAUUUCCAUAUCAAAGGCUGAGCACCUACCCUCGUUUUGAAACAGAGGCCCGGGGGAACUCGGAAAUAGACUAUUGCCGGAAAGUUUGGAUUAAAAGUAGAUUUGUGAAUCAUUUCAUGCAAGUUUUUAAAGUUUAUUGUCAGAGUUUUAAGUUUUAUUGUCAACAGCUUAGGAGUUUUACUUUCAAACUUCGCUAAAUCUAUUUAUAAUAAAGUUCAGAUAGAACUUGCACUCUGAUAGUUUGAAAAGGUGUGCAUCAGUUUAGAGUAUAAAAUUAACAUGAAGCUAAAGCUUUCACGCCAUCUGCCAAUAGUUUUGUUUGAAACUUUAAUAAAAAAUUAAUGCGUGAGGAAUUUAACGGCUUCUUUAUCAUAAAACAAAUAAAGAAGCCUUUCAAGACUGUACUCCGUUUUGUUCUGUUGUAAAGCGCUCAGGAAGCGGCUACAGAACUCAGGGAGAAACACUCAACUACGUCUCGUGUUUUCCUUACGACUUCUUUCGUGCUCUAGCCGCUUCCUAAUGCACCUAUCAAUGGUUUGCCCAAGGAUGGGGGGGGGGGGGGGGGGAGUUUUUUUACUCAAAAAAAAAAAAAAAGCCUGUUGUACGUUGUUCUUCUUUUGUUUGGUGUGUAGGAGGCGGGAGGGGGGGUCGCGCGAAAAGAGAGAAAAGCACCCCACCCUGCGGUUUUUUUUUCUUUCCUUUUUGUUUCGCCGCCUCGCGGCCUUCUACGCACCUUACAGGUUGUUGGCGGGGGGGGGGGGGGGGGGGGGGGGGGCAACCCACGGAAAUUAGACGUAGUGAAGCGCACGUGGGUAGGGAAUUUGACAUCCUCAUGUCCCCAAGGUGGGAAAUUUGACUCAGCCGCCACCUUGGAAAGUGGAGGACCAGGGAAUGAGUGAUAAGACUGAUAAGAGGUCCGCCAACUUAGAAAAUAUCCAUUAAUACCCCAUAGCUAUUGGAUGAGUUUCCCACAUUUUGGUGUGUUCAUUUCUUUGUGAAGGACGGCAGAACGAAACUUGCUUUUCAAGUUUUGAAGUUUUAUGACAAAAAAGUAUUUUGUCCCUCAGCAUUGAGAACCAAUACUUGCCGCAAAGUCUCGUUUUGAAAAUAUGCUUUCUAUAUACUUACAUUUUUUCACCACAUGCUGGCGUGCCCUGCCACAAGUUUUUGAUAAAGUGAAAGAUCAAAAAAUCAUACUUAAAAACAUGAAAGAUUCCUGGAAUUCUGUGUUAGAUUUGCUAGUAUAUACUCAAAAUGUCCAAUUAAAUGAAAUUCUGGACCAGAGGUACAAAACACCAGCCUUUACAUUAGACAUUAACCCUUCUUGAUGAUGGCAUGUCAUGUUCUGACAUUGCACAUUUUGCAUUGCUGUAUAAACAUUGUGUGAAACAAUUCAAAGGUACUUUAGGGAGUAUAGCAUGGGUGUUAAUCCACGCUAAAUAUCCAGCAAGAAUUUGUCUUCUACACUCAGUGGGGAAAAACACAAAGUUUGUGGGUACCGUUAUUUUGUCUCCAAGUAAUGACUCUCUGCGGACGCUCAGUGCUGCAAUAAAGACUGUUGUGAUGAGUGCCUAUUAGUUCCCCCAGGGAUGUGAUUAUGACUCAAAAUGGAGACCCAAAGGGUGGGGAAAUUGACAGUUGAAAACUGAAAAUGUCAAAAUUUCCGUGGGUUGCCCGCCUCCGGCCACCAUCCUGGGGCAAAUCAUUGAUAGGUGCAUAAGUGCUUUACAACCGCUUAAAGCACAGGCAAGGCUUCUUUACUUGUUAACUGAUUGUUUUGCAUGAAUACUUCCCAUAGCCUCCCCGCAGACGUCCUUUGGGGUUCGUUUGUCACGCAUUCAUUUCUCCCCCACGGACGUCUGCUAAACACAGCCGACUUUUACGUUCUGGAUUGUUUGAAUAAGCCAAUAAGCGGUUAGUUAUUGUGUCACGAUCAGCCAAUCACGCGCUGUGAUAUAAGUGAUGUCUUUGUAUUCUCAAGUGAAUUAUUUAUUUGCACCGCUAUCUUCUACCUGAGACGACUCAAACGUUUUGAAAAAAUCACAGAAACGAUGCAAUAAAGCUGCAGUCAGCUGCAUAUUUUUUUCGGAAGUUGUGGCUAUAAAAUAAUCUGCUUUUCUUUGAAAGACUUCAGACAACAGUCUCCCACACGAGCGCGGAUCGGUUUUCAGCGCGGUCGAAACCAAUAAUUACUAUUACCUCUGCAUAUAUUCGAAGUAUUACAAUGUAAGAAAAGAGAACUUGUAAACGUGUAUACGGAAGAUAUUCAAAGCAUUCUUCGAAAACAAAGGCCGUUUCCUUUUUUGCGAAAUGUAAUUCCACCAAGGUCAUGGGUCGCGGACCAAGGACCAGUACGCAAAAUUUGGUUAUAUUUUUUCAAGAGUCGGUAAAACAAAAAAUUCGAAGUCUACAGCAAUGUACUUCCAACGGCAGAAAAAGGUUUAUCUGAAAACUUGUUCUGCAAAAAGGCACGUCCUCCCGUUGCGUUUUAUUUAUUCACAAGCUUAGUAAACAUGACCACGGUGCCGCCGAAGUCCAAACUUCAAGCUAGAACGACAAAUUAACCUACCUGUCAACAAACUUUAAUCUCGCUCCUUCAAAGAAAGAAAGAAUGCUUAUAAUCAAUAAAUCAUUGAACCUUUUAUUGUUCAUUGUAUUUUAUUUCUCGACGAAAUAUUUAAUCAUGCUCGGGAAAGUCGCCGACCAAGGACCACAUACUAACUGUACAAGUCACUCGCUAACAUUUCCUCCGCCGAUCGAUCUUCAAGUAAUAUAUCAAACAUGAGAUGCAGUGUUUCAUUACCAGAUGAAACACCGAGAAGAGAGUUGAAAAUACGACGCGCAGCGGAGUAUUUUUGACGAACUUCGAGGUGUUUCAUCUGGUGAUGAAACACUGUGUUGAAUGUUUGAUAUUUCUUCUCAAACAAAAUCAUUUUUGAAGGAGAAAUUAAGGAUGCAAAUACUAAGCAGUGUUUCAUCCGAUUUCCAAACACUCAUUAAACAUUAAUUUCCUUUGUAUUUUCUUAAUGAAUUAUUAAUGAGUUUGAGAACCAAGCUUCUGGGCUUGCGUAAACAACAGAGAAAGUCCCUCUCUCGACAACCCUCAUAUUCUCUUUGCUAAUAUCACUGAGCGUUACAGCAGGAAUACCAAUAUUUUCCAGCUUUGUAGAUUGAUCUUUCAAGAUUUACCAGGGAAGAAACAACAACAACAAUAAUGUCCAGUAGUUCCACGCACUGUGUCGCAAACAAGCAGCAAAGCUUGAUAGAUAAGGGAUUUGCCAAAUCCCGUCGGCAAAUUUAUGAACUCAUCGGUCUUCGCUAUAAAAUUUGCAGGAUAGCUUCCCUCUGAUACUUGUUUAACUCUGUAUUAAUUACAAAUAUCUCGCACACUCGAUCAAAAGCCUCACCGAUCGUGCGAAUCUUAAAAAGCGGCUCGGGUUACGUUUUACAAAAAUCCGUAAACGGCCUGUGAUUGGUGAACGUAAAAGUCGGCUGGGUUUAGCAGACGUCCGUGGGGGAGAAAUGAAUGCGUGACAAACGAACCCCAAAGGACGUCUGCGGGGAGGCUAUACUUCCCAGCGAGAAAAACUUUCCUAAUCUCAUUGGGAGAAUUUGGAAUUUUAAAGUUAAUUUAAGCCUAAAUUUCUAAGCAUUUAUGUGCUCGUGGUUAUUUUGUCACUUUUCUCAGAUUGCUUUUUCUUUAAUUAACAUAUUUAUGCACUUACACAAAGCGUCAUCUGAAAAUUGCUCUACUAUGAAGUGUUCAAGCAAUGGGACAUGCAUAAACACCUCAUUUGGUCCUAUAUGCAACUGUUCAGAAGGAUUCACAGGUCCAAGUUGUGAAAUAAGUAAGUAAAAACAAGGGUAAAUUACAGUUUUAAUUUGUAAUAAGUGGUAUGUACUCAGUUAGGUUUGCUCGAUUAGCGCCAACCCAGGGUUAAAAUUUAACCCGAGUUUCUUUUUCUUUUGGUCUAAAGUAUUUUCCCGGGUAAUUUCCUCUCUUCUUUUUAGAGCAUCCAAUCAUCAAAUUGUUGGCAGAAACAAUAAAACUGAAUUUGCUUCUCAAGCUUUCAUAAAAUCAAAUUUCGCACUAACCCUUUGAACAAUCCGGUCCUGGUUUACAAGGCUUAAUCGCAAUGUUUUGUACGACACGUCUUUAAUCCUUUUACACCCAGCACCAGCCCGUGCAAAAUCAAAAAUCAUCUCAUUUAUUUGUAUUCUUAAGGGACGCGAUCAAUAGAGAGAAGCCGUUACGUCACGUUGCCAUGGUAGCAAACUUUGGGGGUGACAACAAAGCGAUGAAGUCACUUAAAAGUCUUUUCGCACUAUUUCAAACUGCACCGAUCUUAUUCAAUUUCAUUUAAUUUGGCAAAAUUUUCUUUGGGACCGUGUCUAUCGUUAUCUAAGUUUAAAACAAGAAAGCGACAACUUUUGUGUUUUGUUCACCUACUCCAUAAAGCGGGCUCGUGCAAUUAGGAAGUUUCCAGUGUCAUAGUGGUGCAACGGCGGCAAAGAAAUGUACAAAAUAGCGUGAUGCACGUGCAAAGUGGUAGUUUGUUAAUAUAAACAUAUUAUUUUUUGCCGUUCUCCUUGCCGUCGCCGUCGCCGUCGUCGUUGGUUUUGAUGUCAUCCAGAAAUAGUGCUACCAUGGUAACGUGACGUCACACUUCUCCUCUCUAUUCAACCAAAAUUUCCGGUUAGAAUUUUGGUUGAAUGGAUCGCGUCCAUUGGUUUUCUAGCCUGCGAACGGCAGACGUUUCUCCUCACUCGUCGCCGCUCAGGGACUUUUCGCGAAGAGGAAUGCCUGGGAAUCAGCGACAGAAAUUCCAUACUGAUGACGUAAGACAGUGGUUACUUAAUAAAUCCGGUAGUCAUGGGGUUCCCAAUGCAAAUUUGUUCAAUUUUACGUUUCUCCUGGUUGAUUUUGGAAAAGUGUUGUGUUCAUCUGCGAGUGAGCUCCAGCAAAACUCAAAUGCUUCUUCUAGAGAAGACUAUAUUCCACAAAUAUUGACUGUUUUGUAAGAGAUUCAUCGCGUUUCCAUUUGACCUUAACCGCCUUUUGUCUUUUGUCUGUCAUUCGUAAACAAUAGCUAGGACAAUGAAACUACUCCGUCGACCAAUUAGCGCUUCUGACCGGAUUUCAGACAGAUUUUGCGUCAUCAGUAUGGAAUUUCUGUUGCUGAGUCGCAGACGUUCCUCCUCCCGAAACGUCCCUCAGUGGCGAUGAGCGAGGAGAAACAUCUGCCGUUCGCAGGCUAUUGGUUUUCAAGUGAUGUCAAAAAAAUCGCAAGGACUUUUAAGGUUUUAGCUCCAUCUAGCAAAAGAUCUUUUAAAAAUAAGUUUCUGUACAAGUUGUCAACGUGAUAGCGUUUUCCGUUUUUAAAAUAUAGCUCUUUCUAAUUUUCCAAGUUUACUCCGAGUAACAUUAAUAGGGGCCUUAAAGCCCCGUGCAAACGGACGCAACAUUGUUGGAUGUUACAUGUUUCGUCCGUUGCACACCCUGUUGCAUGUUUUUGGAUGUUGUUGCGUGUUUGAAACCAGUCAAACUUUUCAGCCAACAACUCCCAACAUUUCUUUUGUUCCUUGAUCGCUGAAGCGUAGCGCAACAGUGUUGGAUCAGUUUGCACAGCUCUUCCAACAUUGUUGGGGCCACGCACGCUCAUUACGCAUGGAUUACAAAGACUUACGGGUUGUAUGCUUCCCACGAUGAACUGCAGAUCCCAACAUUGUUGGGAGUUGUUGCAUCCGUUUGCACACCACUGCCAACAUGCGCGCAACAACUCUCAACAAUUGUUGGCGCAACAAUGUUGGGACUUGUUGCGUCCGUUUGCGUGUAGCCUAAGAUCCGUCACCGGCAACGUCCAUGAAAACGUCGCUGAAAAAUAGACUUCGCAUCCUUUUAAACUUUUUGGCGAUUAUCCCAAUUCGCCCUGUUAUUAAAAAGAAGUGAAUUUUGAUUGGAGCUGAAGAGAAGGGACCGCGCCCGAAUUCAGACAAAAAUGGUAGAAUUUAUCGCCUUGCCGUUCCUGUUCUCAAGUAAACUUAAAAUUUGGCCAUUUCACGUCGUAUUUGAGCAGGGACAACAAAGAAAUGUGCCAAAAAGCGUGAGGCACGUGCAGAGUUGUUGUUUUGCAAAUUAAACUAUUGCUUUUUUUAGGUUCUCGUCGCCGGUCACCGUCGUAGUUUCGUAAGGUCCCUAAUAUGGCGACCGAGAAGGCCGUCACACACGCUAAAAGAUAAUUUUAGAUAAGAUAAGAUAAGAUGUUUGCAUUAUUUCCGGCCGCCAUAUUUGAGCUCCUCGGAGGAGCACAAAUAUGGCGUCCCCAUAGUGAGCCCUAUAAACAGUAUAAAUUUCUGUUACAUGUUUUGAAGAACAACUCAGCAGAGGAAACCUGCACAGACGUUAGACUAGGCCAGGUUGUUAAUUUAUCGAUAUUCUAUAAUAUCUGAAAUUCUUAGCUUCAGGCAUUCCACGGUUUUGAUUUUAGUUUUUGAUGGCGUGACAGUGAAAACCACCAAAAUAAUUUUUUUUUCUAAUUGCAUUUUGUUACUUCGUUGUUUGUCCCGAAUCACUGUCCCUAGAACUUCGAAAAAUAAUGUUCCGAAAGACUGCCUAUCCCACCAAGUAUCCUGAAAUAGACAAAAAUAGACAAAAAACACUGGUCGCUAUUAAAAAAAGAAAAAAUAGUUUGUCAGUUACAUUAGAUAGAAAAAAAAACAUUUCCCUUGCCUUGUAGGCAACAUAGAGUCAUUAGCUUUAAAUUUAUAUCAUUUUGAUAUGUCUUAAAUGCUAGUUUUACAUGGUGUUUUCAAAGUACUAUUACCAGCAACUAAGAACACUGGUAGUUUAAGAACCGGUGUGAAUCGGAUGGGGCCCUGACUUUUUGUCAAUUGUGCAUGGCAAGCCAGGAAAGUAUGUUGCAGAGGGACACACGCACAUCAUUCUUCAGGUUCAGAAUGGAACUAGAUUACAGCAGCUAGGCUUUGCCUUAGAAAAAAGAAAAGCAAACGGUACUCAGAAAGAAAUUCACUAGUGUCUAUCAAAUGUUUCAGGAACACUAAGCCAGUGCACGUCUUUACCGUGUCAAAAUGGAGGGCGCUGUUUUAGCGAUGGCUUUUCGUAUCUUUGCACAUGCCCAAAAGGACUUACAGGACAACACUGCAAAGAAAGACUAGUUGUGGGUAAGUUGUAAGUUUGAGAUUUCUGUCCAGAAUUCAGACAAACAUUCAAAUCAUUAUGAUUUUCAGUGGAAAAGAUAACCAUGUGUGGCCGUUCUUAAGCCUAUGUAGUUUGACAAAUGUAUUAUCCCUUGGAAAACAUGAGAAGUGCUUUUUGCCCUAAUUUUAAUAAUCUAGCUAAAACUAAACUUGUACUUCACUGUAACGGCCCUAGUUUCGGGCAAAAACUAAAUCUUUAGAUGAACAUUGCAGGCUUUAUUCAGCUAGAGUUUUAAAAAGCGAGCACCACAAUUCGCCUGUCACGGCUAUGCCGCUGACGAGUCUAUCAAGCCUUUGCUUCACAGUUGGGAUCUUAACAGUUACCUAUAUGUAAUGAGUAACACUUUGUACAAAGGUUAUGGCGCAUUCCUUUUUUUUUCUUUUUUUUUCUUUUUCUAUCUUGUAUCAUCAAAGCCAGCAACCCGUGUCAGAGCAACCGAUGCCCUGAGGACAGUUCUUGUUAUCACAAUGACACUCACUUUACCUGCGUAUCACAUGCACAAGAGGACAGCAACACAAAGAAUGGUGAGAUUUUCUCCACUACAGUGAUUUUUCAAUUUUCCUGGUGUUAGUCAGUCAUUAUGCUGUGAUACGGGUAUUCUUUACUGUCCUUGCAUCCUUUCUAUUGCCUAUAUGUAAUUAGUAACACUUUGUACAAAGAUCAUGGCGUGUUCCUUUUUUUUUCUUUUCUUUUUUUUUUUUUACUUAUAUGUAAUGAGUAACACUUUGUAAAAAGAUCAUGGGAGUUCCUUUUUUUGUUUUUUUUUCUAUCUUGUAUCAUCAAAGCCAGCAACCCGUGUCAGAGCUACCGAUGCCCUGAGAACAGUUCUUGUUAUCACAACGACACUGACUUUACCUGCGUAUCACAUGCACAAGAGGACAGCAACAGAAAGAAUGGUGAGAUUUUCUCCAGU